GCUUUUCAAAUAGUUUCUUGAAACAAGGCUCGAACCGCAUAACAAUAACUGUGUCACGCUAUGCAAAUCUAAUCGAUGAAUGUCCAUUGAUUUUUUUAAAUCCAGUCGAAAACUUCUACCUUUGAUCUGGAAACCCACGCAGAAUAUUAUUUGAAGACUCUAUCAACAAAUUAUUUACUAUCAAUGAUACACUCGAAUAUAAAAUUGCUGUCAGUAAUUCAGUAACAUACAACCAAUAAUACAGAUUAUAUAUUCAUCACAUAAUAAUAAUAACUAAACCUAACGUAAUGGAGAUAUCAAUGAAAGCUUGUAUCAUCUGACUUAUCUCCCUUACUGUUUGUUUUAGCAACGAAGUUGCUAUGACAGAAUUUCCUACGCGUUUUCUUGUCAUGGCGGAAGAAAGUAUUAUCACCGAAGAUCAUUCAGCACAAUCUCUUAUAAGUGCUUACCUGGAAUAUCGCCGUGUUGUAGGCGAGGAUGACUAUGGUAAGCUAUUGACUCCCGAGGAAUAUGAAAAAUAUAAACAGAAUGUGCUGCCUCUGCGUAUGAAAAAUCGACUGUUCACCUGUUGGGUGAAUCCAAAUAACAUGGAUUGUAAACUGGUUGGGCCUGAGACGAUGUGUUUUUGCCAACAUAGAUAUAAGCAACACAAGACUGAUUUUGAGACCAUUCCAACUACAAGACCCAUCAUGCUUCCAUGUCGUGUUAAUGGUUGCUUAUGUCAGUCAUACCAUUAUGUUUAUUCUACUGGAAGCAAUUUUCUCAGGUGCCAUUGCAAACAUCCAGUUGAAGAUCAUUCAACACUCCAUCCAUUCAAGUGUAAGAAAGAAACUUGUUGCAAGUGUUUUGGCUUUCAAAACUCUACAACUUGUGGUUGCGGCUAUCCAAUAAAUAUGCAUCAAACAGUGAUUGAAACGCAGAAGGAGAGAGAAGAAAGAGGCCACCCCAUUGGGCAACCGACUCCUUAUGCUGCUAUGGGUGGAAUCACAGGUUUCUCUUCUUUGCUUGAUGGUUACAUGAGAUUGGACGACAGUGGAAUUGGAGCUCCAUGUGAAGAAAUUUUGUCUCAACCUAUUGUAUCAUCUGAUGACCCCUUCCUCCGAUCUCAGCUUAGUUCUUUAAAAACCCUUGGUUCUGGUCUUUCACCAAAAGAGGUAGAAGUGCUUGAAUCUUCUCUUCGGCGACCAGGAGAAAAAGAUAUGGAAUAUUUUGAACGUCGGUAUCAGGAACGACUUAAAGAGAAGAAUACUGCUCUGCCAAAUCUUGCACUGCCAAGUACUUCACAAGAUACUUCGAAAAAGUAUAAAAGAGCUACUUCAAAUAAAUAAAAUCCUCGAUUGUAUUACACUGCAUAAAUUCCUAUGAAUUCUACAUUCUUUGUAAAUAAAAUCUGAACAACUCCCAUGGUCCUAUGCUGCCAUACUAAGAGAAAACAGUUUUAUGCCAAGAUUAAAAAUUUUUAAAGACUUAAGUUCAUUUUGUUGCUGGAAAUUUUAAAACCAAAUAGAGUUGCUUCUGCUUAAUUACUUACUGGAUAAUUUCAUAACCUGGUUAAUUGCAUCACUUCUGAGUCUCAAAUCUUUAUAAAAUUUGUCAAUUAAAUGCAUAUGCAAAUUCAUCAACUUUGCUUAAUUGCAUAAUCUGGUCUGUAACUUUUAGUAAAAAUUGACAAAAUCUAACAUAAGACUGAACAUUUUGAUUUGGUAUAAAUGAAAGUCAUUUUGGAAUCUUCCAAUUCCAUAAUGAGUUCAAAUCACACCAACACUUCGUGCUUAAAAUCUGCUGGUGCCAAGAGAAUCAAAUGUAUUCAAAUUAUCUUUACCAAUUCAAUAAAUUUAAUACAAUCAAUGUUCA